CGCCCAUGCUUGUGAUGGGUGUAAAUAAAUAGACGAAAUCGUGGAGGGUAGGUAGAUAGAUGGGUGAUUAGAUGGAUAGAUAAUCAUGUAGGUGGAUGUUGGGCGGGUGAAUGUAUAAAUGUAUUUCUAUAAAUAAAACUAAUGUGAUCCACAUGUUGCAGUCUUGCACGAAGCUUUUUUCCCAGUGAUUUAAUCAUUCUUUGUGAAUGCAAUGACAACAGAAUAUGUAUUCCUGACAAAACGAAUCUCUUGAAAGCAGUGCAUGAGCAUUGUCACGUUAUUUUGGUAAUUUUAACGAGAGGAGUUGGGUGUAUGUACAAUACGUGUUCAGGCAUGUAUUUGUGCGUUCUGGGCGGUUGUUCAGGUACUAUCUGGCAUCUGUUUGGGGGAGGAGGGAGGGCGAUACUGGCGUAAGCAAGUCUUACUCACUCGCACGAUAGACUCAGAAAAUCGCGUUUCUUCCCCAUUUCACCCACUUUUUCCCUACGGCGUAUGGGGAAUUUGUAGAUAACCAGAAUGCAUAGGGAAGCUGGGCGAAGGGCACGAAAUGGGAGAGUGAGGACGUGCAGGAGAACGAGCGAAAAGACCGUGCAAUAGGUUGUUACAUGUGGAAACUCGUCCCGAACGUGAAUGGCCGAGGGACCUCUCGCGAGGCUAGAUGGCCGGCCUUUCUCGAACGUUACCUACUUUACUUUAUCAUGUUUAUUUCCCAUACUUUGGCCUUCACCUUCACUUCUAGAAGAAUUUCGAAGGGCGCCACGGAUAAGUUGUCCGCAUGAAUGGGGAUCAUAGCGGGCGUGGUAUACGCUGGCCUUGCUAGAAAUAAUGUACAGGGAAUUGAAAACAUGGUCGUCUCCAACUUGUCGGCCUCUGGUUCAUACUUGUCUAGUUGGCAGAAGUUCGUUGCUUUGAAAGUUUGCGUUUGUGGUGUUGUGAGAAGUUAUUUGCGUUUAUUUUCCCGUCUCUCCACUCUGUUUCGAUUCUCCUGCGUGUCGCCCUUCUCUUUCUUCACUGAAGGUGCUCUCGUAUCACUUGGAAGUCCACACGUGCUCGCAGAGGAGGCAGAGUCGCGUUGGCGGAGGAGAGAGAACGAGCUCGGUGUGGCGCAGUGCAUGGCUUGGCGGGGCAGCUCGUGCGGCGGCGGCGGCGGCAACAACAUGCUGGAACGUGCAAGGAUGAGGGAGGCAGAGCAGGCGUACACCCUGCUAGGGAUCAGCAUCAAAUGAUUAUGGCUUUCUCAUGCUUGUGGAAUUAUCUAAGAAAAGUUAAGGGUAAAGGUCAAAAUUAAAUUCAACGCGGCUAAAUAUAGAUGUGCUUGGUAUCAUUGAUAUAGCCAAGUUUUAAAAUUUCAAAAAGAAAAGUAUAUAUUUAGUACGUACAUACCUGAAAAGUUUGCCCGCAAGACAUACCGAAGCUACGGAGAUGAAAGGAGCUGCAGGAACACCCUCCACCACUGCAGAAGUGCGAGGAUGAGGUCAAAGAAGGUUCCGAGCAGGACGCAAGGCAUGGAGGGCGAGAGAACAGGGCUCACUGUGGUGACCAAGGGCAUCGCCACCACGAACACCCCAGGAAACACAUCGACCGUCCUCAGAGGAGGCGUGGUAGGAGACUAGCGGAGACGCCCUCCCUUCUGAAGGCACAGCUGGGCCGGGCCUGCGUCCCAGGGCGUGGUCCAGCCUUCAAAAAAGAGACCCGAAGUGUGGGCAUGUCGACGGUUCCGGCAGACCCAAAGGACAUGGAAACUCAAAAGGCUCAGGAGAAGCUCAGGCACAUUGAGUCUUUGGGAAUCAUCAAGAUCGAGAAAGAUGAGGCCUCGACUUCCCUACCAUCUUUCACAGAUUCUCCUGGUCCAAGAUUUUUGAUUGUUGCUCCCCAACAACAAGGACAAGUUUCUACUGUAUUGGAGCUACAAUCGCAAGCAACAACAGUGAGUGGUGUAGUUGACGUUCCAAUCCUCACCAACAUGGAAGGGGAAUAUGGAUUCACUGUGUCCAUACAGGAUCGUGAACGCACAACAAAAAGUCCCAUGUGGCUGAUGAGCAAGAUCACAAAGAAACUCUACACAAAUAUUAAUAAAGCCGUGCCUUUUGAGAUUAACCUGAAGAAGAGGGUUAUCAAUGAGCAUUUCUUCAUCCGUGCUGUGCCUGUGUUCUCUAGCCCUCAGUUUCUGCGGACAAAUGUCAACAGGUGCCCUAACCAUGCUUCGCCAACUGAUCCUACUAACCAUGUAUUUCCCUUACCCGGAGACAUGUUGUCCGUAGCUGAUCAUCCUGGUGCUCGCAUAGCCGGAAAUGGUAGAUGUGCGAGUAUGUGCCUGCCCCACAAGAGACAUUCGCAACUGAUGAAAUGCUGCCCAGAAACAAGGGGCAAGCGCAAGUGUUCUGCCAUGCCUCAGUCUCCUCAUCUGACCAAGAAGAAGUUUCGUGCUGUAGAACCCAAGAUAGAGCCAAAGGAGGAAAGUGAUGAGACAUUCACAAUAACAGUGAAAAAUCGUAAGCUGUAUGAUCUGCUGAUGGGAGUGAUUGAAGCCUAUCAUAAAUCCCAUCCUGAGUACGCUGACAAAAAUCCUGAGAGCAGCUUGGAUAUAAGACAGAAUGGAGUAGAGAACAUGGACAGAUCAUUACCAAAGCCAGGGACAGACAUUGCCAGCCAAUGGGACUCGGAUGAAGACUCUCCCUUGCAGCUGGUAUAUGAGGAGGACCCAGGAGAUGCCUCUGUUGAUAAGUCUACAAGCAGUUCUCCAGCUCAAUUACAGUCUCCAUCUAUUGCCCUCAAGCCAGCUACAACCAUGAAGCUCAUGGUCUUGGAAAGUGACAGAAAUGGAGCAGACUUUUCUAGUACUCUUGCUGCACAUAAGCCACAGCAGGGUGAGAUGAUGACUGCUUCACCAAUUACAAUAGUGUCGUCUUUGUCUUCACAGGCUGCUCAGUAUCAUGCCCAUGCAGGCUUGGUAAAUUUGUCAAAGCAUGUACCAGUUGUCCAGGUGUCACAGUACAGCCAAGGAGCCUUGAGGAGAGCUCAGUCAGCUCCAGCCUUUAAGAUGGCUGGCACUCCUCCCAUUGCAAUAUAUAGAGAUGCACGAGCUCAGAGUUUUGUUCUAAAGGAAGAUACAUUAACUAAGACUGAAGCAGUGGAACACGUAUUUAGAGAACAGUCAUCACCAGGCAGCCCUGAACUUUUAGCAGCUAAUGUACUAGCUGAGGGGUUUGCAAAAGAGAAGUCAUACAGAUGAACAAUGCUGCAGGUGAAGUGACUUCAGUGAAAUCUCGUCCCGGUGGUGGAUCACGGUGUCAGGUUGUCCACUGAUUUUCUUUCAGUGAAAGAUGCAGCUAGUGGUUCUUCUGUGUUUUCUGUGGUUGAACAUUUCUCAAGAAGAUAAAAACAGGCCCACAGAAACAAAUUUCUUUCAAAAAUCACUAGUUGAACAUUUUGUUCCAGAAAUUACUAUAAAAACAGUAAGUGACUGUAUAGAAAAUGUGCUAUAUAGAUUCGAUAGAACACUACAAAAGUGCAUACAAAUUAUUAACUCCCAAGUGAAAGAGUGAAAUAGCCUACCUUGAUAAAUGUGUAGAGACUAAGAGUGUGUUGACCAAAGGAAGACUUCAGGAAAUGUUACUUGAAGAAAUGGGAGUUAUGGUCGAUGAAGAAAAUAAAUGAAAUUAUUUAUGAUAAGGAUGAUACAAAUUAUAUGCUUGGUAUGAUUAGCAAAUGAAGGGAAUGCAUGUAAAAGGACAGUGUUCGGCUCUGCCAUAUUUACCUUUUGUGUUAUCUUGAAACAAAUGUUGUAUUUUCACUAUAUCUCAGGGCUUUUUCAACAUAUGGUGUGCAUCAUUAUUUUUCAUUAUGAUUACCCUAUCAAUGUUAGUAUUGUUAUUAUAAGUAGUAAUAGUAGUAUCAUUAUUAUUAUUGCUAUGAUGUUUUUGUGGUUUCAUUUUACUUGGAAGUUUUGUAUCACCAUAUUUGCUAUUUUUUAUGCUUUAUUAUGUUAGAUAUUUGCAGACAAGGGGAUACAGUGUUUUUCGUAUGUGAUUGACCAAUAUGAGUGUGCAAUUUAAUGGACUGGAGUGCCUAAUUUUAUGAGAUUUUUUGAAUUUGCAGCAGUCUUGUCCCAUUGUGUUUUCCUCUUUUCCUAGCUUCAGCUCUCCCCUUCCCCCCCUUCUUUUUAUUCUUUCUUUCUCU